ACAAAAUUUAAUAAGAUGUACCGUAAUUUUUAUAUAGUUCUGCUAACCAUGAUUUUCACGUCAGUGCGAGCUUUUUUCUUAUAUGGAGAAAAGGAGCCCUUAUUAUUUUGUAUCAAAGUAUGUCCAUUAUAUUGUUCACCUCGGAGGCGAGACGAUGAUGCGUCGUCCCUGAUUUACGUGGAUGAUCCACCAUACAUUGAGCACCACAGUUACCACCAUGAAAUACCAUACCACUUCGAUCCGUACUAUUUCUGUAAGCCAAAAACCACGACCACAACAACGACAACCACACCAGCGCCCACAACGACCACGGAGGAACCAACUUGGAUAUGCAUGGUCUGUAAGACUAAAUGUUCCAAAUAUCCGGUUAAAUAUUAA